UGUCCCUGACCUGCCAGGAGCCGCCUUAGGACAUGGAUCCCAAAGGAGCAAGAGGCACCAGGAAGCGCCGCUGAUCUGCACAGAGCCCUUUGCCUGCUGCUGCCCCACAGGGAACAGGAGCCGCUUUAGGACAUGGAUCCCAAAGGAGCAAGAGGUACCAGGAAGCGCCGCUGAUCUGCACAGAGCCCUUUGCCUGCUGCUGCCCCACAGGGAACAGGCAGCUGCUGAGGAGCCACAUGGUCCAUCCCUGGAUUCUCCAAGCACUGACUGCCCAUCCACUCUCACCACAGCCAGGGGCCACAUCCCACUGCCUGCCCAGUGUCCAUCCAUGGAGGUGACCACUGUGUCCCCAUCUCCUGCCUCACUCACUGAAGGAGAUCAUCUCUGUGAGACAGAUGUCACCAGCGUGGCCACACACAGUGUGACCCUGCUCAUCUGCCUCUGUGGGCUGGCUGGGAACGGGGCUGUCAUCGGCCUCCUCAACCUGAAAAGAGGGAACGCUGCCUUCUUUGACCUGGCUGUCAUUGACUUCCUCUUCCUCCUCUUUGCGAUCCCCUCUGCCCUCCUCAUCCUGAUGGAGGACGUGUCCUGCUCUCCUGUCGUGCCCUUGAUGUACAUGAAUUUUGUUUUUCAGUUGUCAUUGGUCUCCUACUACUGGGUGCUGUUCAGGCUGAUGAGCAGCAUCCCUGUGUGGUAUAUGCACAACCUCUGCAAGCUCUGCUGCCACUGUGACCUUCCUCUGCGCCUGAUGUGGGUGGUGGACACUAUCCCAUACUGGGCCAUCUUGGCUCUCUUCACUGUCAUUCCCACAGUGACAUUCUUUUGCCCAUCACAAGAGCAGGAGCACUGCCGGGCAGCUCUCAUCUCCAUGUACACCAUCAUCCUGCUCCUCUUUGCUGCACCCGUGGUAAUUUCUGGCACAAUCAUUUUCAUUAACUCCAAGCGGGGCUCCCAGCAGCAGCAGCAGCCCAAGAGGCGCGACAUCGUUAUUGUCAUCACUGUGCUCCUCACUCUCCUCAUCAGCCUCUGCAAUUUCCUGCAGCAGCUCGGUUACAUCGCUGUGUCCUCACAGGUUGUCUUCCUGCUCACCUGCAUCCACAGCAGCAUCAAACCCUUCAUCUACUUCUUGGCAGGGAGGGGCUGGAGGCCCUUCUCCAAAAAGUCCCUCCAGCUCUCCCUCAAGAGGGUCUUUGAGGAGGCAGAAGAAAACACUGCCCACAGCGAUGAUCCUACAAUGGACACAGUGCUCUGAGCCUGCUGAUCCCUUCCACUGCUCUGCGGAAGGACCCCAGGAGACCCCAAGGAGGCUGAAGGUUUCCUUUAAUCUCCUGAUUAAUCAAUAUCCACGGGAUCACCCUCCCUGUGGUGCUGUAUUCCUGCAGGAGAAGGGAGCAGGAGCAUUGCCUUGGGUGAUUUUUGUGGGAUGCUCUGCAGGGAGCACAUUGCAGCAUGGCUUUCCUCCUCCCUCCUGGAUCCACAUGGCUCCAAGCAGUGCAGCUGGGCUCAGUGCUGUUCCCCAGCUCUAUUCCCCAUGGAAUCACCCUCAUGGCCUCGGCCCCAGGGAAUGAACUCCCUCUCCUUUGCCUCAGCAGAUGAGUUCCAUGGUGUUUUCAGGGAGCUCUUGCCUGCAAAGAUCCUUCCAUGUACUUUUUCUGCU